AAAUUAAUAAAUUUUCUCAAAGAAAAUAAUAAAAUAGAACCAAAGCCAAAGUUGCGACCUUGGGCAGCCAAGAAGAUGAGCCGCACUUCAAUCCUCUCUCACUUUCUAAACCUCUCCAACACUUCUUCCCCCCACUUGUCAUGUAGAAUUCAGAGUAGAUUCUUGAAAAGGGCUGAAUUGUUUGGUGAUUAUGCGAGCCGGGGUCGUUGCUUUUGUACUUUAUCUGUACCUGAUUCAAAUGUUUCAGAUGAUUCUGCUACUUCUGUCAGGAAGAGGAUAGUUUCUGGUGUUCAACCCACAGGAUCUAUACACCUCGGAAAUUAUCUUGGCGCAAUUAAAAAUUGGGUUUCGUUGCAGGAUAAAUAUGAUACACUUUUCUUCAUAGUUGAUCUCCAUGCGAUAACUCUGCCCUAUGAUACCCGAGAACUGUCAAAAGCAACAAAAGAUACUGCAGCAAUUUAUUUGGCAUGUGGUAUAGACACCUCAAAGGCUUCAGUAUUCGUGCAGUCUCAUGUUCGCGCACAUGUGGAACUGUUGUGGCUGUUAAGUUCUGCCACCCCAAUCGGUUGGUUGAACAGAAUGAUUCAAUUCAAAGAAAAAUCCCGCAAGGCGGGCGAUGAGAAUGUUGGAGUUGCUCUCCUUACCUAUCCUGUUCUGAUGGCUUCUGAUAUACUCUUGUAUCAGUCUGACUUGGUCCCAGUUGGUGAGGAUCAGAAACAGCAUCUAGAGUUAACCAGAGAGCUGGCCGAUCGUGUUAAUCAUUUAUAUGGAGGAAGGAAGUGGAAGAAACUGGGAGGGCGAGGUGGUUCCCUAUUUAAGGUUCCCGAGCCCCUUAUUCCACCUGCUGGUGCCCGGGUGAUGUCCCUUACAGAUGGUUUGUCUAAGAUGUCCAAGUCAGCACCAUCUGAUCAAUCUCGAAUUAACUUGCUCGACUCAAAAGAUGUGAUUGCUAAUAAAAUAAAACGUUGCAAGACUGACUCUUUUCCUGGAUUGGAGUUUGACAAUCCAGAUAGACCUGAAUGUAACAACCUCCUUUCAGUGUAUCAGCUUGUUACAGGGAAAACUAAGGAGGAAGUUGCCCAAGAAUGUCAAAAUAUGAACUGGGGGACAUUCAAAGUCGUUCUUACUGAUGCUCUUGUUGCUCAUCUAAAUCCAAUCCAGGUACGCUAUGAGGAAAUCAUCUCUGAUACAGGUUAUCUGGAUGGAGUUUUGGCGGAGGGUGCUGAGAAAGCUGCAAACAUAGCAGAUACGACUCUCAAGAAUGUGUACCAGGCAAUGGGAUUCUUGCAGAGAUGAGAGUUUGUGGCACCAGCACAUUUGGGUUUAGGAGGCCCGUGAGAAAAUACUUAAAUUAGAAAACUACCGAACAUUCUCAUCAGCAACAAUUAUACAAAGGAGAACAUUCUUGACUGAGCAAAGAGUACUUAAUUAAGAGGCUGGCAUUUUUUCGUGCAAUAAAAUACUUUCAUCCUUCUAGAUAUAGGUGCUUAUAUUUCGUCCAUGGGGUUUCCAUUUGGCUGAGAAUUGUAGCAUGUAGCUGGAUUUUAUCGGUGAAUAUAUAUUUGGGGUUAAGAGCUUUGUUAAGGACCUUAUACGAUGGGAUCAUAAAAUAGUAAUCAGACAGACAGGUCAUUUAUAUGGAAGGCAACGAGACAAUACGGGCUAAUUCUCACCAUUAUUAUCUACACCAUCUUGUCAUUUGUGUGUA